GCCAUUUGAGUAUUGAAUCUUUAGUAGUCACCACUCAUCCACAUUGGUGUGAAAAUUUUAUAGAGUCUGUGGUCUUGAACAUUAUGCUUGUACUGUUCUAAUAUUUCAUAGCUACGUAAUAGUCUUCAGUGCAGUAUUCACUACUGUAUUGUACCAUAUAUGGAAUCUGGAUUUUUGUGGGGUAUUGUGAAUUUAAAUUUAAACUCUUAAGAUGAGUAUAGAGCUUAAAGUAUCAUUUAAACUAUUGUUAGUGUUGCAAAUUAUCUUGCAUUUUUCCCAAGAAGAGGAGAUUAUUUCAAGAAAACAAGUCAUAAAGUGGAAGGGUGUUCUGUUAGAUUUUACAGACGUAAAUUAUAAUGAGACUUUAUGGCCCAUUAUAUAUGAAGAUCGAAUAGAGGAUGAUAUUGACUGUGCAUCGUCACUUGAUCCUGAAGCAUUGGAUGAAUGCUCUUCUGAUGUUAGCUGGUUUGGUAGCUGGCUAAGAUGGUGUCCCACUUCGCUGAGUCUUCUUCGUGAAGCAGAAAAAACGCUUCUCUCUAACUUGAAAAGCUCAUACAGAGGGCAAUACGUUAAUGUCGGGUGUGCAGUGGGCAAUGCAGAGUCACACAUUUGGACAAUAAGCUUAAAUAGAGACUCUAAAAAUGUUCCGCUUGUUCUCCUACAUGGCUUUGGCUCUGGUGUGGGACUGUGGUGUCUUAAUUUGGAUUCACUCUCAGCAGACAGACCUGUUUAUGCAAUGGAUAUUAUUGGAUUUGGUCGCAGUUCCCGACCAUCUUUUACAAAAGAUCCACUAGAGGCUGAGCGUGAAUUCAUCACAACAAUAGAAUUAUGGCAGGAGAAGUUGGCUUUAGAUAAGUUUAUUCUUCUAGGGCACUCCUUCGGCGGCUUUCUUGCAGCUUCGUAUGCUAUUAAGCAUCCAGAAAGGAUUCAUCACCUCAUCUUGGCUGACCCUUGGGGGUUCCCCGAGCGUCCACUGGAUGUAGCUGAGCGCUACAAAUUUCCUUUUUGGGUCAAAGCCAUUGGGGCUGUGCUUCAACCCUUCAACCCUCUAUUUAUUGUAAGAACAGCUGGGCCAUGGGGUCCAAAGUUACUUCAGAAAGCCAGACCUGACUUGAGCCGGAAGUUCUCUGGUAUGGUAGCUGAUACUGAGGAGGUGAUCCCCAAUUAUUUGUACCAUUGUAAUGCUCAGAAUCCAUCUGGGGAAUCGGCCUUCCACACCUUAAUGGCUGGAUUUGGCUGGGCCAAGUAUCCUAUGAUCCAGCGCAUUGACUCUCUCAGGAAAGGAAUGCCUAUGACAUUGAUUUAUGGAUCAAGAUCAUGGGUUGAUCAUGAUCCAGGAUUUCAGAUCAAAUAUAUGAGAAAGGAUUCCUACGUAGAUGUUCAGGUUAUAUUGGGGGCAGGCCAUCAUGUGUAUGCUGACAGAGCGGAGGUCUUCAAUAACCUUGUAAAUAAUAUUGGUAAACAUGUAGAUAAUGGGACACUACCUAAACUUAACCCAGAUGCACCAAGAAGAAACAGUGAAGAUAGUCAUGGUGAUGCAGGUGUAACUUUAAUCAACAUGAUAAAUGUACGUAAUGAUGACAUUCGUGAUGAGUCUACUGUUCAGGCAGAUACAAAUGUAUCAGCAGAGGAAGAUUUAGAUUAAAAAGGUUUAUGGUAAAAUUGGUAGACAAUGAAAAAAGGUGUAUUGAGAGGGCUUAAAUAAAUUUUGGUAGUCAAUUUUAAUACUAAUUAGAAACUAUAUUUUUCUCGUCAGUAAGUAGGCUUAUUACCAAAACAUACACUUGAAUUUUAAAUAACAUUACCAAUAAUUAACUCAUGAGGCAAGAUUACAUGCUAGAUUUAGCAUAUGGCUGAUUUAUUAUUACUUAAGCAAUUUUAAUUAAAAAUAAUAUUCUCAGCUCAAAUUAAUACUUAGUUGAGAUGCAUUGAUUAGCAUUAAAGUUAGAUAUUCAGUUUGUUUUUUUGUUGUGUGAACCAUGUUUCCCUGUCCAGUAAGGUAUUUCUUUUUUUAAAGUUGUUGGCUCAUGGAAUGCUGGUAAAGAAAACUUGCCAAAGUUUACCAUUAGUAGUGUAUAAAGUCUUGCACUGUUUCAAGUGCAUAAGAAAGAGUAACUUUUCGAGCAGUAGUCAUGUAAAUUAGAAGAUGAUUCUUCCUUAUAUUUAAAAAAAUAUAGGAAACCAAAUUCACAUUACUGUAGUAAAAUAGUGAUUUCAAUUCUUUUUAGAUUUUGUUUAGUAAUUCUUUUGUGUCAAGAAUUGUAUCUACAAUACCUUAUACCAUGUCAUAUGGAACUAAGGAUAUGUGUAAAUAAUACUAAGUAGGAUUUAGAUUUUAUCUGAUGCAUCCAGCAUACCAGUUACUGAGAUCCUGGCAAGAGGGAGUGCACUGUUUAUAGUGCAUGGAUAUAUACAGUAUUAUCCAUUCUGGAUAGGUUGAAAUUAAUCCUCAGGAUUUUCCUUCACUGUGUUGUACAGUGCUUGGAAGUUAAUGAUCAUAGGAUUUCAAAAAGAGUUUAAAGAUAAUUAAUGUAUAUUCAAACUACUUUUUUGUAAUGCUGAAAUAGUGAAAUAAAAUUUUUUCAUCAGAUUUUUUAAAAACAUAUUUGGUCAGUUAAGACAGUACUGAUAGUUAAUUAUCUUUAAUGCAUAGCACUUGCAACUGUACUUAUAUAUAUAUAUAUAUA